UAUCAAGAGAGCAUGGCUCACCUGGGUGAACGUAAAUGGACUCACGUGUUCCCUUUUCUGGUGGUCUCCCUGGUGUACUCUGCCAGCGCUGAAUACUCCAAUUGCGGCGAGAACGAAUACUACAACCAGACCACCGGCAUGUGCCAUGACUGCCCCAAGUGUGAGCCGGGAGAAGAGCCUUACAUGACAUGUGGAUAUGGCACCAAAGAUGAGGACUACGGCUGCAUCCCCUGCCCUUCGGAGAAGUUCUCCAGAGGAGGUUAUCAGAUAUGCAGGCGGCACAAAGACUGCGAGGGGUUUUUCCGAGCCACAGUCUUGACACCUGGUGAUCAGGAGAAUGAUGCCGAGUGUGGUCCUUGUCUCCCAGGUUACUACAUGCUCGAAAACAGACCUCGCAACAUAUAUGGGAUGGUUUGCUACUCGUGCUUGCUGGCGCCUCCUAACACCAAGGAAUGUGCAGGGGCUACCUCUGGCAUUUCAGCCAUUUUCCCGAGUACCUCUGGCACAAGCACUUUCUCACCUUACCAGCAUGCUCACAAAGGAGAUCUUUCAGGACAAGGGCAUCUGGCUACAGCUCUUAUAAUUGCAAUGUCUACCAUCUUCAUAAUGGCUAUUGCCAUUGUCCUCAUCAUCAUGUUUUAUAUUGUGAAAACAAAACCAUCUGCUCAAGCCUGUUGCAAGAGCCAUUCGGUAAAAAAUGUCGAAGCUCAGGCUAACACACAAGAAGAGAAGAAAGAAGUGCAAGAUAAUGUUGUGAUAUUCUCUGAGAAAGAAGAGUUUGAGAAACUUACAGCAACUCCAGCUAAGGCUGUUAAAAGUGAAAAUGAUGCAUCGUCUGAGAAUGAACGACUUUUAAGCCGUAGUAUGGAUAGUGAUGAAGAAGCUGCAGUUGACAAGCAAGGGACUCCAGAGAGAUGCUUGUUAUCUUUAGUGCAUUUGGCCAGAGAUAAGUCUUCUACAAGCAAUAAAUCAACUGGGAUUCAAAGUAGAAGGAAAAAGAUACUUGACGUGUACGCUAACGUAUGCGAUGUUGCAGAAGGUCUGAGCCCAACGGAGCUGCCAUUUGAUUGCCUGGAGAAGACCAGCCGAAUGCUCAGCUCGACCUACAACACGGAAAAAGCCAUAGUGAAAACAUGGCGCCACCUUGCCGAGAGCUUUGGACUGAAAAGAGAUGAGAUUGGUGGUAUGACAGACGGCAUGCAGCUCUUUGAUCGCAUCAGCACAGCAGGUUACAGCAUCCCAGAACUGCUAACCAAACUGGUGCAAAUUGAGCGGUUGGAUGCUGUCGAAUCCUUGUGUGCGGAUAUUCUGGAGUGGGCACAAGCAAUGCCUGCUCCUGAGCCAGCAGGGACAUCCUGACAUGCCUGCCUGGGAGCUGUGCUUCCACAUCACCCACAAGAACCAUGAUUCCAGUGAGCACCACGUCAAAGACUUUGGGCAAGAGACCAUUGAUGUUUCUUCUACAUACUUG